GGUCAUGGGACAGCUGGCGAAAUCUCAGCUUAACUGCAGUCCAUUUUGUCUAAAUAUAUUCUGCAGCUUCUGUAAAUGGUCUGAAACAUGUUUAAAUACAAUAUAGUUGCUAAAGAGCAAGAAUAUAAAAUCUAGAGGUCAUAGGAAUAUCGAAAGGGAGCGAACUCAGGCAUUUACGUUACCAGGGAUAGGCACUAACUGACGGGUAUAACUAAUAUGGCAUCCAUGGCCACCGUCUCAUGUUGUAGGCGUCCUUUAGGCUUCACAGAAUACUUUUUUGCCUUGACGACUGAACUAAAUAUACCCUAUUCACUUGCAUAUACAUGGCAGCUAGAAUCAAAGUCACCUCUGUCUGUUGACCUCAUCCACCAGGCUGCAGCACUGCUACAGGAAACCAUGCCUUUACUACGCCUGUGUGUUGUUAAAGAGAUGGAUGGAAAAUAUUUCUUUGAAUUAAAGGACACUGUGACUGUUCCCCUUGAAGUCAGCAAUGAGACAGAUUGGAGAAAAGAACAAGAUGAAAUGAUGAAGGUGGUCUACAACCUUAAAACAGGCCCUCUCUGGAAGAUGCGCUUCCUUCCAACAGUUUGCAGAGAGUCAGCUUUGGGAGACACCAGAAAGGAGGGCAACCCUUACACAUAUGCUGUGAUCUUUGGUAUUGAUCAUGUACUUACUGAUGGAUUUACUAAUAUGAGUAUAUGUAGGCAGUUUCUAAAAAUCCUGAAUGGACUCAUUGAUGGAGGACAACCAGACAAAACUCCACACACUAAAAUAGACCCAUCCCUUGUAGAUUUGAUGCCUCAGAGUGAAAAGGCCUUUGGUUGGAUGGAUUAUGUAGUAGUGGGAAAGUUUAUUUGGAACACAAUGUUUUCUAAACCGAAACCAAACAUUUUUGCAGUGAGAUACCCUCUUGUUGAUACAUACCCAUCACAUACAUUCAGCAUCUCUACAGAUGGCCUCUCCAAGGAGGAAACCAAGCUCUUGAGAAAAAUGUGUAAAUUACAGCAGACAACAGUCAAUGGGGCAUUCACUGCAGCUGCAAGCACAGCCACUGCCUGGAUGAUAUAUGGCAGAAACAAACCUCAAGGCGAUAUUCAGGAGAAUACAGUAGCUGUAGAGCAGACUGUCAACAUGCGACGUUUCUGUGAGACGGAGGAAGGGAAAAAUGCAUUGGGUGUCUUAUUUUUAUCAACUCUAAUUCCUGUGACACUGUCACCCUCAAAUGACAAUCCUAAAUCUCUCUGGGAUGCUGCACGAAGUACGAGUUCUCAGAUGCACACAAUUUUUGAAAAUGGUGACUUGCUCAAGCAACUACGUCUGGCAAAUUACUUUGUACAAAAAAUGAAGGCUAAGGAUCUGAGGAGCAACAUGAAAAUAUCAGCGGAGCAAAGAUGCUUUGCUAUUUCAAACAUGGGGGAUUGUUCUGGAAUUCUGUCAGGGACAGGGGACCAUGUGCAGGUGACAGAUGUUGCUAGGUCAGCAAAUCUCCUAGAGGGACAAUCUGUUGUACAUUUUGUUCACUCUUUACAAGGAAGACUAAGAUACAACCUGAGCUACAAUGCACGGAGAUUUACACAAGAGGAAGCAAAUCGGUAUGCCAGUUGGACAUUGGAAUUGUUACGUUCUCUCAUAAGUAACAUAGAUGGAACAGCAGUGUAAUUACAUAAUUCAAAGAAAAGGAAUGAUUGAUUAUCAUACUGGUUAAUUUAUGAUAUAGAAUGAGACACCAUGUGAACAGGUAAAAGAUGGUCAAGGUUAAAAGUCUGUAGGUUCUGAUGAGUGCAGCCAUAAGAAAUGCCAGAACUGAAAACUCUUUUAUUGUGGUAGUGUUAAAGCUAGAAACCAUUUGUACAACAUUGCAUUUUGUAGAGCUUGCCAAGUGUAAUACUUGAAUUGUUAACCUUAUUAUUAUUAUUUGUUUGUUUGUUUGUCUGUUUGUUUUUUCCAUGCAGUUUAUGGAUAUGGAUGGUGUUCUCCAUCCAUUCGAUGUUGGUUCACUGGAAUUAAUGGAAAAUCCAUUCCAGGCCCGGUCGGGUUAAUCAUUAUAGCUGGAUUUUUGUAUGGUGUUGAAGAUAGGGUCAUGAUAACAUUACUGCCAGAAACGCAUUUGAAUGUUUUUUGUGGCAGUCUCAUUAGUAAAUGUACAAAUCGGUCAUUUCAUGGUGCAUUUUGUUGGCACUUUUUUCAUUAAAGUAUUUUUAAAGUAUUAAAAAUAUUUUCUAUUUAUGUUGAACAUGUGCCUCUCAGGAACAUAGCAUAGUUACAAUUCCAUGCUUUUGUCAACAACUCGUUCCAUGUGAGCCUUGCUAGUUAUUAUAUAUGACCUGCUUAUUCUUGGGUCAGAUUGAGUUUUGUUUCAGAUUGUAUUUCCUUCUCAGCACCAUUAUUCUCUUCAGUUCUAUUCAGGGCCAGAUUUACUAUGCCUGGUUUCCCCUUUCUUCCUGGUUG